AUGACUGUUGAGUCGGUAAGCAGUCAGACUUUGGAGCCAUGUAGGAAAAGACACAAAGGAGAAAAUCAAACCAAGUCUGGAAAAUCAAUUCUAGCUAAAUCGAGAACAACUAAAACACUGCAGCAACAAUUUACGAGACACCCACUCAAUGUAAAGCCGUCGAGUAAUGUCUUGUUUGCAAGAGAUGAUGAGCUAUUGAAAAUUGGGAGAUCAGCUGGAACAUUGUUCAAGAAAUUACCGGACGAUGUGAUUAUAGGUAUCUUGGGCCUAUUAGAUAAGAGAGGGUUAUGCAAUGCAUCUUUAGUUUCUAAAUUUUGGUACGCAUAUUCCACUUUUGAUGAGCUGUGGAGAAACUUAUAUACCACAAAGACUGAAGAGGAAAGAGAAGCUAGUGGUUUGACAUUUAAAGAGUGGAAAGGAUCAUGGAGAAGCUCAAUCUUGAAAAUCGAUGUCAAAGAACAAAUCCCCAUUGAUUGUGGUGGUUUGGUAUACUCAGAUGCCUUGUUCACCCCAUAUGCCAACUCGUGCAUUGAUUAUCAAGAGGUAUUUAGGGAUAUUAUCAAGGAACAAGAAAACUUAAGAGAUAUCGACGGUUACUGGGAUGCUAAUGUUUUAACCAAUCCAAGCAAGUUCCCGUAUAGAGGUAGAAUCCCAAGGAUAGAGGAAAGUACCUUCACGUAUGAGAUGUUUGAAAGAAAUAAAUGGGACCAACAUCCUUUUAUUUUAGGGUCAAAUGAUCCUAUCAAGUCAAAGAAUCGCUGGCCGGGAUGGACCAUCAAAUACUUGUUGGAACAGUUCCCGAAUGUCAAGUUUAGACAAGAAUCAGUUUUAUGGGAGCUAUCCCUAUACGAAUCAUAUGCUUUGGCAAAUAGGGAUGAAAACCCGCUAUAUUUAUUUGAUUGUAGGUCAGAAGCAAUGAAAGUUCUUUUGCCAACUGGAUAUUUCCCACACCCUCCAAUAUAUGCAACCAAGGAUUUAUUCAAGGUUUUCCAAGAAUGUCGGCCUGAUCAUUCCUGGUUGAUCACGGGCCCACAGCGAUCAGGCUCUACAUUCCAUAAGGAUCCGAAUUCAACAGAUGCGUGGAACACCGUCUUACAGGGUUCGAAACUGUGGGUAUUAUUACCGCCAGGAAUGAAACCGCCAGGAGUCUUUGUAAGUGAUGAUGAAAGUGAGGUAAUUUCCCCUACUGGUUUGGCAGAAUGGGUCAAAAGUGGGUUUUGGAAUGAUAGCAUACAGAUCAGUGAUGAAGCAACGUUAGACACAAAUGAUAAUUUUGGAUCUGGAGGGUUCAGAACAUGCGUUGUUGGUAUUACAUUUGCAAAUGAAUGCAUGUAUGUUCCUUCUGGAUGGUGGCAUACUGUUAUCAACUUGGAAGACUCCGUUGCGUUUACAGCAAACUUUGUUCCUCCGUGUAAGAUCUCUAAUGUCUUACAAUUCAUGAAGUUUAAACCUGACCAAGUCAGUGGAUUUAGGCAUGAUUUACUACAAAAGAAACUGAGUGAAUUUAUCAACGGAUAUACCGGUAAUAUUGACGAAAACAUCGAAACCAUUAAGAAAUAUCUACAGAGGGAAGACCUAAGAAACAACGAUGAAGACGUUGGGGAACUCAAUGGAGCUUGCCAAAUGCCUGUUUUUGAGACUUUUGUUGAGUUUUUAAAAGCUUCUGGUUAUGAAGAUUUGGUGAGAGAAAGCCUUGCUCAUUUGAAGAAGAAAAGUGAUGAUGAAGAAGAAGAUCUGAAGGUGAGAUCCCGAGCAUGGGAAACGUUGACCGAAGAGGGAAGAAAAAAAAAUAACAAUGGGUUUAGUUUUGGAUUUGAUAUAGAUGAAUGA